AUGGAUUUUCUAAAAAGCGGUCUGAAGACCGUGCUGGGGGCGCCGGAACCUGGCCACCAACCUUCUGGAGCAGAGAUUGUGGAGCGCUUAGUAGACCGAGUGAACAACUCGACGCUGCUAGAAGACAGGCGCGAUGCGUGUCGUGCACUCAAGGCGAUGUCGCGCACCUACCGCGUCGAAGUCGGCGCUCAAGGAAUGGAUACCCUCAAACAGGUACUAGAGCUGGACCGAGCUGACAACGAGACAAUAAACUAUGCCUUAGACACCCUCAACAAUGUGAUGUCACCGACACAGUUCGAGGAGGAGGAGAACAACCCUCGCGUCCCCAUGAACAUUGGGGAGCAGUUCACAGAGAUGUUCAUCAAGGACCAUCACAACAUACAAUUAGUGCUUGACCUACUAGACGAGUACGACUUCAGAGUCCGACUCUCUGCGGUACAACUCCUCACGUCACUCCUCACAAACAGACCCAAAGACAUACAAGAAAUCAUUCUCGUUAAGCCUAUGGGUGUCUCCAAAAUGAUGGACCUUCUAGGAGACACCAGAGAAGUCAUCAGAAAUGAAACCUUACUCCUCCUUAUAAAACUAACCAAAGGUAACGCAAAUAUACAGAAAAUCGUAGCUUUUGAAAACGCAUUCGACAGAUUGUUCGAAAUAGUGUCGACGGAAGGUUACUCUGACGGUGGAAUUAUUGUAGAAGACUGUUUGUUACUGAUGUUGAAUCUAUUGAAGAAUAACAGCAGUAAUAUAAACUUCUUCAAGGAAGGUAGUUACAUACAGAAGAUGUUGCCUAUGUUCAACACUCCUGAUGAGGCCGAGGAAGCUGGGUGGUCUCCGCAGAAGGUGUCCAAUGUACACUGUAUGCUGCUCAUCGUCAGGACUUUGGUCUCCCCUAGUAACUCCGCACAAAUCAUCUCUAGUUGUCAAAAGAUUAUGAAGAAUGUAGGUCUUUUGGAUGCUCUCUGUAAUAUUCUGAUGUCGAGCGGAGUGCCUGCGGAUAUCCUCACGGAGACUAUCAACACAGUGGGGGAGGCAGUGAGGGGGGAUGUGACCAACCAGGAGUUCCUGGGCAACGUGAUGGCGCCCUCCAACCCUCCGCGACCUGCUAUCGUAGUGCUACUUAUGUCUAUGGUUAAUGAGAAACAGCCUUUCUCUUUAAGAUGUGCAGUCCUAUACUGCUUCCAAUGCUACCUAUACCACAACGAGAUGAGUCAGGCCGGCCUAGUGCAAACACUCCUGCCUUCAUCAUCAGACAUGUCAUCGUUAACAAGCGGGCAGCUACUAUGUGGAGGCCUGUUCUCAUCGGAUGUGCUGUCCAACUGGUUUAGUGCUGUAGCUCUGAUGCACGGACUGAUAGAUAACCCUGCGCAGAAGGAGCAGCUCCUCAGGGUACUACUGGCUACUAACAUCGGCAGCUCACCUGUGUCCUUGCUGCACCAAUGUACUCUACUCCUGCAGCAGACGACUAAGCUUAAGUCUAAGGUGGGUCUCCUAAUGUUGCUAUGUACGUGGCUGAGUUACUGCCCGGCCGCCGUGGCUGGGUUCCUGCGGAGCGGCGCCGUGGGCUGGCUGGUGGCGCAGACUUGCUCGGCCGAGCACGACGACAACGAGUACUUGCUGCAAGGACUCUCGGCCUUCCUGCUCGCUAUCUGCAUACACUUCAACGAUGAUACUGUUGAGAAUUAUUCCAAGGAGUCGCUCCGGCAGCUCCUGUCGCGUCGUAUCGGCGUGGAGACGCUGACGUCGCGGCUGUGCGAGGUGUCGCGCCACGAGCUGUACAACGUGGCCGCCAAGCACCCGCAGCUGCGCGCCAAGCUGCCCGCCGACGUGCUCAUUGACUACGAGUUCUGCAGACUCUUCAAGCUCUUGGAAAGUGUAGUGAUCCAGAGUCUAUCGGAGCGUCCCCCGGAGAACAGCGGCGGGUCCCCGGCCACGGAGCGCGCGUCGCCCGAGGACGGCGCCCUCGCGCAGUACAAGUCGCUCAUACGACAACAGGACGCAUGUCUGCAGGAACUCAGGCUGGAGCAACAAGCACUGGUGCAGGAGAACCAGACCCUCAAGGCCUCCCUCAACGACUCACUAUCAGCAAUCUCCCACUUGAAGGACGAGAACACCCUCCUAAGAGCACAAAUGUCAGCGGCCACAGCAAUACCAAGUCAAGCCCCUCCUCCCCUCGCUCCCCCCACUCUCGACGACUCCAGGGUCCAAGAAUAUGAAGCCAAGCUCCAAGGUCUGUCUGCUGAAGUCACCAGGCUCUCCGGAGAACUAAAAGCUAGUCAGGAAGGCCAGAAAGCCAUGGCUGAGGAACUAGAGAAAAUCAGAAAGGAUCAGGACGAUCUCUUGGAAUUACUCGCUGAUCAGGACAUAAAGCUAAACGACUACAAGAUGCGCCUGCUUUCGCUGGGCCACCCCGUGGAGGACGACGUGGCGGCGACCCACUCGUGA